AACCUGACUAUCAACAUGCAAGAUGGCUGCAGAAAUUAAGAAUCCGAAUCAAGAACUCGUGAAAGGACAUGUGUUCGAAAUUGGUCCUAGAUAUACUAAUUUGCAAUAUGUGGGUGAAGGUGCAUACGGGAUGGUUGUAUCGGCUUUGGAUAACGUGACAAACUCUCGAGUUGCUGUAAAGAAAAUCUCACCGUUUGAACACCAGACCUACUGUCAGCGGACCUUAAGAGAAAUAAAAAUCCUGACCAGAUUCAAACAUGAGAAUAUAAUAAAUAUUCAAGAUAUUAUCAAAGCUAAUUCCUUAGAAGAAAUGAAAGAUGUCUAUAUAGUGCAGUGCUUAAUGGAGACGGACAUGUACAAGCUCCUGAAGACCCAGACGCUAAGCAAUGACCAUGUCUGCUACUUCCUGUACCAGAUCCUCCGCGGACUCAAGUACAUCCACUCGGCAAACGUGCUGCAUCGCGACCUUAAGCCCAGCAAUCUGCUUCUGAACACCACCUGCGAUCUCAAGAUCUGCGAUUUCGGACUUGCGAGAGUAGCGGACCCUGACCAUGAUCACACAGGAUUCCUGACAGAGUACGUGGCCACCCGAUGGUAUCGCGCUCCUGAGAUUAUGUUGAACUCAAAGGGUUAUACCAAGUCCAUCGACGUCUGGUCAGUAGGCUGCAUCUUGGCAGAGAUGCUCUCCAAUCGACCCCUGUUUCCUGGAAAGCAUUAUCUUGACCAGUUGAACUUCAUUCUUAGCGUAAUCGGCUCUCCCACUGCAGAAGAUUUAAACUGUAUCUUCAAUGAGAAGGCCCGCGGUUAUAUACAAUCGUUGCCCCAGAAGGCUAGAGUGCCCUGGACCACCAUUUUCAAAAAGGCCUCGCCAAAAGCCCUUGACCUGCUUGACAAGAUGUUGACCUUUAACCCACAGCGCCGCAUCACUGUUGAGGAGGCUUUGGCGCAUCCCUACCUGGAACAGUACUAUGACCCUGCUGACGAGCCUGUUGCUGAGGAGCCAUUCACCUUCGAGAUGGAAUUGGAUGACCUUCCUAAGGAAAGACUUAAGGAGAUGAUCUAUGAAGAGGUGCACACCCUUAUACAGAAGAACAAGCAGGCUGGGGUCAUAUAGAUGUCUCCACAGUGAAGAAGUACAACCAUAUGACCAUUUCGUUUUGUCUUCUGUCAUUCCGCGUUCAGCUGCAUCCUAGAUCUGUGCAUUACAUUCUAUAUAUAUACAGAUGUGAAGACGACAAAGCUAUUUCACAAGCUGUAUCAUCCCAAUUGGGAGUAACUGUGGCCAGAUUGUAUUUAAUCUCCAUUGAAACAUAUCUCAACAGUCGAAAAGAAGUAUUUUCGUUCUCUGUUCGUAUCAUGUAUAUUAUAUUAUUGCUAUGAAUUAUUGCAUGUUAUUGUUCUUUUGCAUAAAUUAUUCUUUGCUUAAUGUGUUUCAUGAAUCAGAAAAUCUCCUAGGUAGGACAUGGGGGUUUAAUUGGGAAUUCAAGUUAAAGUUCAUAGUACCAAAUGAAAUUGAGAUGGCAACUUUAAACUGUUAUAUUCAUAUUCUAAUUUAAUAUUUAUGUGAAAUUUUCAUUGUAGAUAUUAUGAAAGGCAUUUGUCUUAUAUCAGUUUCAUUGGUUUAUAUUCUUUUAUAAUAAAUGCUACGUGCAACAUGUCCUGAAAAGGAAAUAUACAAAAGUGAUGGCAUGAUAUACAAAUGAAUCUAUAAACUGUAGAUCAUAUAACAUGAUUCAAAAUUCUUAAUUUUCUUUUUUUUAUAAAAAAAAAUCGUUUUUAUUUCAAAUAAUGUUUUCAUUCUACAUUAUCAUGUAAAAGUUCCUACAACUGCAUAUAGCUAUAUCUUAUCCAUCUUUCCCAACAUGUCCCUUCCAUAAUGUCAGGAUAAGUGGAUUUAGCAAAGUGUCCAAACCAUUAUAUCACUGUAUUUUGUGAGACCGAAGCAAUUUACAUAAGAUUGAAAAUAAGUAGUGUUUUUUUUUCUUUUGAAAAUAAGUAGUUUUUUUUUUCUUUUGCAAGAAGUACAAAAGUACAUGUACAUUGACAGUAAAACAUUUUUGUUAUCUGAAUUGUUAUAUGACAAUUUAUUUUGUUGCAUAAUACAACAAAGUUAUUAUACUUUUAUAUAAUACUUUGGUGAACAAUUUUAUUAUUUUGCACUGAAAAGGUAAAUAUCCUUCAAUAUACUGCGAAUCAGACAUAAUAAUAUUCCAUUUGUUCAUGUCUGCAAUCCUAAUGCACAUAGACCAAUGCAGAGUAUGAUUUUUAUCUCAACAAGUCUUAAUUGCUGAAUGCAUUUUCCUAGGUUUCUGCCAUCUUUUAUCCAUGUAAAUUCUGAUGAUUUUGUUGCAUAGAAAUGCUCAGAAAUGGAAAUGACAUAGUCACGCUGAUGAUAUUACGGUUGUGUGGAUUUGUUUGUGAUUUAUUUUCGCCAUCAUUUUUAUCUUGUUAGCUCAUCUAUUUUUUGAAGAAAAAAAAUGAGCUAUUGUCAUCAUGGUCAUUAUGGCCCUCUUGUAAAUAUAAUUUUUCAAUUAGUAAGUAUCUAGCAUAUAAUUGAACCGUGCUCUGUGAAAAGGAUGUUUCAUGCAUACACAUAAAGUCUUGUCACAGAUUAGCCUGUGCAUUUUGCAGUCUGCACAGGCCAAUCAGGCACAACACUUUUUCGCUUUUAUGAUAUUUUUUGUUUAAAGAAAGUCUCUUAUUAGCAAAAAUCAAGUAUAGGCAGAAAGUGUCGUCCCUGAUUAGCCUGUGAGGACUCAGCAUGCUAAUCUUUGACGACACUUUGCGCACAUGCAUUAAACCCCUUUUGCACAGAGCACGGGCCAUUUAUAUUCCAAGGUUCCUUUCAAAAGUACAAUUGUACAAUAAUCAUGAUUCAUAUAUUGUCGUCAUAUCAAGUUAUUCUAUCCUUGAAGACAUUUUUAUGGUUUCAUGUUCUUAUAAAUAUGUAUUCUUCAAGAGAAAGCACAACACAUGUUUUUUUAUGCCCCCUGUAGGGUGGCAUAUAGCAGUUGAACUGCCCGUCAGUCUCUCCGUCCGUCCAUCAGUCCGUCCGAAAACUUUUACAUUUCCCAUAACUUUUGCAAUAUUGAAGAUAGCAACUUGAUAUUUGGCAUGCAUGUGUAUCUCAUGGAGCUUUUGAGUGGUGAAAGGUCAAGGUUAUCCGUCAAGGUCAAAGGUCAAAUAUAUGGCUUCAAAUCGGCGCAGUAGGGGGCAUUGUGUUUCUGACAAACACAUCUCUUGUUUUGUGUAAAAAUAAUAAAGCUUAUUAUAAUACGAUGUCUUCAAAUGUAAAUAAAUAUCCAAUUGAAUAGCCAAUUUAAAUAAUCUCUAGUUGAAAUAUGAUACUGAACUGAAAAAGUAUCUUGACCCUUUUUGCAUAUUGUUUUAUAAUUGUCAGUUUUGAACGUAUAUUUAAAUGCUCUCGCAGAAUUUAAGACAUUUAGCAAUACACUUGAAAUGUCCAUCUGUUUGUACUUAUGUAUGUAUGUUCCCAAGCCUUUGUUUUGAACUCCUCUUUUACUAAUUGGUGAAUCGUGCUUAAAUGUUAAAGGGGCCUUUUCACUUUUGGGUAAAUUGACAAAAUUGAAAAAAGUUGUUUCAGAUUCGCAAAUUUUCGCUUUAGUUAUGAAAUUUGUGAGGAAACAGUAAUACUGAACAUUUACCAUGCUCUAAAAUAACCAUUUUAUGCAUCUUUUGACGAUUUAAAACCCCAAAAAUUAUAAAGCGUUGCAACGCGAAACAAAUACUGAUGACAGAGAGAUCUGUCGUUGUCGUUAUAUUCUGUGAAACUACGAGGAUUGCUUAUAUAAAGUAUAAAAUACAUCAGAUAUUGUGUUCGGAAGGAUUGCCAUGUGGUCUAAGUGGGUAUUACUUUUACUCCAGGACUCCAGAGGUCAGUGGUUCGAGCCCUGCUGCAGGUUACCUUUUUUUCUUUUUUUAAAUUUUAUUCUUGAUUUUUUACUGGAGCUUUUUAUAUCUUAUGUUCACAUUUAUCAAUAUAAAGCAUUUUAUGACAAACGUCAAAACAUGCCAAAAUCUGUGAAAAGGCCCCUUUAACACUUGAAUGACUGUAAUGUGUGGUGUAUUGUAUAGAAAGGAAUUUUCACUACCAAGGAGUUUUGGUAGAAUUGUGGCACUUUUUCUGUUUUUCCAUUAAAGAAUAUAUGAUCCUGUAAAGCUCUUCAAACACUGUGUGGAUGAUGCUAAAACUUUCACAUUUUUGAAUGAGCGUAAAGUUUAGACUAUCUUAAAAAAAAGAAUUUUGGCUGGGACCAAUUUUGGCAAAAUUAUGACUUGUCUUUUUUUUCAAUAAGGAAUAUAUAGUCCUAAAAUAUAAUUGCUUGUUUUCAGGUUUUCAACUAAUGGUUGGAACGUACUCGUUUUUCACAGUCUAAUUUCUUGAAUAUUUACAUGAUCAUACAUGUUAUGCAACCAGCUUUUGCAAAAUUUGGGCCCAUUGUUUACGGCAGAAUAUAUGGUGGAUUCAGUUUUUAGGCUCUAUGUUUUGGCAACAGUUUGUUUGUUUUACAUGUGUUCAUUUGCCAUUGCCCAAAGAAGUGCAAUAUAAAGUGAAGUGCUUCAAAUAGACGAUCUAAAUAAAAAUGAUCUUGUUACUGAAAUCAAUCAGUUGGAUGUGUUACAUGAUGUCUACAAUAUUUGUUUGUUACACUAAUGUUAUGUUAUGCUUCCAUAUUUUGGGAGACAUUAGCAUUGCUCUUGUUAGUUAAAUUGUAUUUAUGUACGCUCAUGCCGAAGCUAUUAUUUUCAACUCUUUGUUUACUACUGGGUGCAUUGGCUUUCACAGUGAACAUUGUUUAAAUGCUCCUAAAAAAGGAAUUUAGGCUGCGCUUAGUUUUAGGACAAUAAUGGCCCUUGUCUGUAAUUUUAAUACAAAAGCUUGUGCAUUCAACUCCUGCUCAUACUUUCACUUUUGAACGACCUUAAUAUGUAGAUGAUUGUUAAGGAAGGAAUCGAGGAUGGAAUGGGUUUUUGCAGGUUUAUGAACCUUUGUUUUUCUUCAUAGAAUAUGAAGUCUCAAAAUGUUGUGUUUUCAACUGCAAUUUAAGAAAUGGGUGGAUCCUGUUGAAACUUACACAGUAAAAUGAUCUUAACUCGUAGAUUACUGUUAAGCAAGAAAUUUUGGGUGCUCCUGUGGCAGAAUUAAAGCGUGUUUUUUUUCAAUAUAUUUUCAAAAUUAAAACUCCUGUUUAACCUAUUGCACAGUUGUAUAUUUUUGUGUAGCUGAUCAUAUUUAAAGGAAUUUUGACUCCUAAAAGUUCUGUCCCAAUUAUGACCCCUUUGUUUUUCUGCUAUGAAAUACAUACUUGCUAGAACUUUGUGACUUUAACUCCUCUAGGUAUUGGGCCGGUUUUGCUCAGACUUUAAAGCUGAGUUAUCUUGAUGUGUACAUGACAGUUAUGAAAGGAAUUCUUUCUCAAAAUGUUUUUGCUGAAUUAUGGCCCUUUGUCUUAAUGUGCUCUGUAGAAUAUAUAGUGGAUUUGUCUUCGUUGAAACAUGUGUUGUGGAGUAAUCACUGUUUGUGACUUUUUUAUAUUUGAUUGUUCUCUAUUGAUUGAUUUCUUACAGGUUCAUUGCAUUUUUUGAUAAACACUAUUUUGUUUGGACCAAUUUGUACCAGUAUGCCCCCAAGGGCCAGUUUUAUAAAUUUGCUUAUUUUAAAAACGUGAACACAAAUGAAUUAAACGAUUAAAUAACUAAAUACAAAUGGUGAUGAUGGAUACAAUUGUUAAGUGUGCUUUAUAUUUGCUCAUGUUGCUGUAUGUACAUUUCUUCAUUGUACAUUUACACUUACAAUCUAGAAGUUUUAUACAAAUUAAACUUAAAUGAUUUUUUUUUAUUUCUCAUAAUGGCUUUGCUUUUUGCGUCAGAAAUGUUAAAUUAUUGUUUUGUGAUUUGAGGUUUUGUCCUUGAUGCUGUUUGCAUGCAUUUAUAUAUAGAAUGGGAGUUUUUAUAAAGAUAAUUAUUAUCAGACUUUGUUAUUGUUUAUUUUCUGACAUGUACUUCAUUUACUCUUAAUUGUGUUAUAGUGUUUCAUGGCUUAAUUGACGAUUUUGAAUUGUCUUGUGUAGUUUUAUUUAUAACAGUAAACUUGGCUGCGUACUAUAUCAUAAAUCUGCUUAUUACCGGAAUUUUUGGUGUUUACAUUUUGUGAUUGGAAUAUUUUCUGAAUUCUGAAGUAAUACAAAUUUAAUAUCAACAUGAAAUAUUUCCUGGAGGUAAUAGUGCAAAGCAGAUCAACAGUGACAUGGCUUAUAGAGAUGUCAGUGUAUUCUCUGUAAUACAUACAGUGACAUGGCUUAUAGAGAUGUCAGUGUAUUCUCUGUAAUACAUACAGUGACAUGGCUUAUAGAGAUGUCAGUGUAUUCUCUGUAAUACAUACUUACAACGUAGAACAAUCAUGUCUACAAUUUUCAUUCUCCAUUGGCCUGUAAAACAAAUUACUAGUAAGCAUAACAUUUAGAUUAGCUGUAGUUAAUAGUGUAAGCCAAUGUCAUAGUUAUUUCAUGUUAUUGUUCAUUUCACUUAGUCCAUUAAUGUAUAAAACCAAUAUUUUCAUUACAAACAUAUUAACAACUUUUCUAUUACACUUUACAGUUUCUUUGUUUGAAAAUCAAGUUUCAUUUUUUUACUAGAAUACAUUAGAAACUAGAGUCAAGUCCUUUAUAUUGGGUGCUACAUUUGAUCCCAUUUUGUACACAAUCUAAAGUUGUCAUCACUAUGGUAAUGCGUAAUGCCAGAUAUUUAAUCUUUUUAUUUUAAGCAAAUUGAUGUCAGUUGUUCAAGGGUCUAGCAGGUCACAACAAUGUUAAAGUCUGACAAAAAUGUUGUUCCUUGUUAUUUAGUGGCAUUAUUAGUAUCAAGAUUAAACAACAUCCUUUGCAAAGACCAGCAAUCCUUUUAAUUUUGUAUUAGACAUUCAUAAAUGUUUCUUUAUUCACAUGUAAUUCCAUAGUUAAUUCCAUUUUACUGGUACAUGUUUGCUGAUUAAGUUGGACAAUUCUUGAUGAACAUUCACUCUUCAUGUAGUAUUGUGGGUGAUGGCUAGAUAUUUAAUAAAUUGUCAUUUAGAGGACAUGGGUUAUUUUUUUGCAAUUCAAACAUGUGGAUUUCAAGCAAAGUGAAUUACUCAUUAUUAAUAUUUCAUAAAUCAAGUAAAUUUUGGGUUGAGAGCUAUUCAUGUUUUAUUUAUAUUUUGUGGCAAUAACAACACAUUAGCUGGCAUUAGGAGCUAAAGCAUGACAACUUAGUGACACAUUUUUGUAUAGUAUUUUGAUCAAAUUAUUGAUAAACCCUCUGUUUAAUAGUUACAAGAUGUCAAGUUAAUAUGGUAUGGGCCAUUUUCAUGAUAUUUUCAACAGAAUAUAGUGCGUAUUUUCAAUCGAAAUUAAAUUAACCUAUAUUUUUAAGUAGUAUAUUCUUUUUAUUCACCUAUGUUGUAUUUAAUCCAUUUACUUCAGUCUACUGUAAUAGAAUUAAGUUGUUAUUGUAAACUUACUCAACGUCAGAAGCCAAAGUUUGUUGUUUAAACUUUGAUUUGUAUGUAUUGUUCUAAGUGCUACUCUUUAUUAAAUUUUAUUAUCAA